GACCAAAAUAGGAACGCAGCUAAGCCUCUAGAUCAUUCGUAAACAAGACGUGCCGGUUGCCGCCAUUAAUAAUAUUUUUUCCUGUACAUGGUAUACAAAUCCAUGUAAUCAUGAAGCUUGUGAGAUUUUUGAUGAAAUUGUCCCACGAGACAGUCACUAUUGAAUUGAAGAAUGGAACACAGGUGCAUGGAACAGUAACAGGGGUUGAUGUUAGCAUGAAUACCCAUUUGAAAUCUGUAAAGAUGACCGUGAAAAACAAAGAUCCAGUACAGCUGGACACACUUAGUAUCCGUGGUAACAAUAUCCGAUAUUACAUCUUACCUGACAGCUUACCUCUUGAUACGUUACUGAUAGACGACACGCCUAAAGGACGUGGUGGAUUUAGAGGUGGUAGGGAUAGGGGUGGCCGAGGAGGUAGAGGUGGACGAGGUGGUCGUGGCGGCAGAGGUGGUGGUGGUGGAAUGAGAGGUCGUGGACGAGGGCCACCAAGAGGAAGAAGAUAAACUUUUUUAUGUGUAAAAUCAAAGACAAAGUGAAAGUAGAAAGGGAAUCUACAUCUAAAUAUAUUGUUAUGUGUCCAACAGCAAGAAAUUAUGUUGUAACUUUCUUUUAUUCUUUUGUUAUAAUGUUCCUGAUAACAUAGACAUGAAGAAAAAAAACUAUUCUUUUGUGAAAUUCUUUCAAGUAUUCCCAAGGUGGAAGUUAACAGUUGAAGAUAAGUACAAAAGCAAUGAAGCAUUUUCACAUGGACAUAUUUUAAUCAUGUACAUUCUUCUCAUUUUAAUGUCACAUCAUGUUUCAUCUGAGUCGUCAUUUUUGUACAGAAAUAAAACAAAAUAAAAAAAAUUAUUUCAAAA